GCGGUGGUGGCUCGCCAGUGCUGCCUUGCUCUCGUACAUCGGGGACUGGGGAGUCCUCGACUCUGUCCUUUCGAAGCCGCUCGUGGAGCCCGAGGACGACGCGUCCCUGAGGUACACGAGAGAGUCCGAGCGGCUUAGCUUCUACGACUAUCUGCGGGUGCACACGUCCAGCGUGACACGAUGGAGCCGCUUCGAUCGGACGACUGGCCCCCAGCGGGGGCAUGUGGUCCUCCUGGUGAUGCGAAUGUACCCCAAGAAGAAGAACGACACAAGGUGGAUCUACGUGAAGCCGGACCGCGCGCUCGGCGUGGGCGACAUCAAGGAUCGGGCGAAGAUGUCGAGUUGUCGACAGCCAGGCUGGGACUACGAGGCGUUCCCGACCCUCACGGCCCCCGAGAAGGCGGACAUCCUGGAGAAGGCCAAGGAGAAGCAGCUCGAGGCCGAGCUGUAUCUGUCCAACAUCCGCGGCUACGUUGCCUCAUUGUCCUGGUUUCGCUCUGGUCUGGUGGGCGUAUGGAGCACAUGGAACUGGGGGUCGACGGUGGGCGCCGCCUUCUUUUUCUGGAGGGUGGCGGUCUACUGCAACCUGUGGCAGUGGAUGCGCUGGUCAGUGGAGAAGCUCGAGGACGGCCACAACAUGAUACUCGAGAUCGACGAUUUCCGAGGAUAUCUGCACGACCUCUACCAGGACGGCAAGCUCGAGAUUCCCAUCAUGAUCUUCACCGCGGUGGUGGCUAUCGGGCCAAGUCUCCUGCGUUGCUGCAGGCAGCGCCCCUCCCCUCUGCUCGCGGGGGUUUCGCCUCCAGUGAGCGACGUGGACAGCGACGGGAAAGCGGGCCACUCGGUGGCGGGGUCGUCGGACGAGUCCGAGCCAGCCAAGGACAUGCAGGAGAUGAAGGCCAUGAUGAGCAACCUGCUCGACGAGAUCACCAAGUCGAGGUCGGAGUCACCACGUGCCACCACGAGUCGGAGUGCCUCGUCGGCCGCGUCCCCUGGAGAGAGCAGUCACGCCAGCUGGGAGAGAGCCCCCAGUGUCAACACGGACUCCAGCAUGGACAUGCAUGUGGACAGGAUGAUCGACCGGCUGAAGCGCUUCGAGGACACGAUCAAUGCGGACAAGGCCUCUCCUGGAUGCAAGCCCUUGCAGGACGCCUCGUCCACGUCGGCCACGGCGGGAUCUACGACGUGCCCUACCAUUGGCCUGGGGACGAAGGAGACGCUGGAGGGCGUGGGGGUGAGCCUCGAGCCCUUGCGGGAAGCACUCCGGGACCCCAGGGAGAGGUUGCUGGCCAACCUCUCGAAGAUCGAUGCGCCGCCCACCUUCACCCUCCCAGCGGGCCUCACCUCCCGCGUGGCACCCGAGCUGCUGGUCCAGACCUACGGGAAGUACGGCAGCAUGGAGCUGAAUCGCAACCACAUCGGCCACGAGAUGAUGCUGCACUGCAUGACGCUGGACCGGAUGCUGGAGGCCUCGCCCGAGUUCAUCCAGACGGCGGGCUGCGAGAUCUUAUGCGCGCGAGUUUAUGCUCUGAAGCGGGCGCCCAAGGACGUGGCAUGCAUCAACGACUGGAAGCAGCCCCGGGGCAGCGGGGCCAACAAGUGGAAGUCCAAGGUGCGCUGGGACCUCGCGAACGAGCUGGACUGGAGGUCUGUCACGGAGGGCGAGGAGGCGCUCCCAGGCGUGGAGCGCGACUUGACGGCCAGGCUGCAGCAGAAGGCUCUCUUCCAGAAGUAUCUGCAGGAGGGGGGCUCGGACGCCGUGAAGGAGGAGGACGAGUAG